CGAGAGCACACUGCUCAGAUACCGCCCAGAGUAGUGCCGCUCACCACAACUGCGUCCUCUGCUGCUGCCGCCCGCACCCGAGCGCAAACUCAGAGACAGGGAGGUGAAACACAGGGCGAGAGGAGGAGAGGAACACGCAUUGGGGAUGACGGCUUACCUGAGCAAGCAGCAGAGCUGCUGUGUGGAGAUGCAUGGCCGUGUGGGUGAUCGUGGAGAGGGCGAGGCGCCCUGCUCUUGCAGCUGGCAGCACGAACCUCAGCACGGAUACAACUACCAGCCCUCGCCGUCCAUGUCCACCCUGCCCCGGCAGAGGGCCAAACUCACGGCUUCACGCUCCGAGAGCUCCUGGAGGAGUCCCAGCCGCAGCGCACUCCGAGCCAAAGGGGGGAGCUGCGAUCUGUGGAGAGAGUGUGGCUGCCAUCCGCACCGCUGGCAUGAGCCGUACCAGGCAAGUCCUGCUCCAAUUAUUGUCAACACGGACACUUUGGAAUCUGUACCAUACGUAAAUGGGACAGAAAUUGAAUAUGAAUUUGAAGAGAUUACAUUAGAGCGGGGUAACUCAGGGUUGGGGUUUAGUAUAGCAGGUGGUACAGAUAACCCUCACAUCGGCGAUGAUCCUGGGAUCUUCAUCACAAAGAUCAUCCCUGGAGGAGCGGCAGCUGAAGAUGGCAGACUCAGAGUGAAUGACUGUAUUUUGCGUGUAAACGACUCAGAUGUCUCGGAGGUGUCUCACAGUAAGGCGGUGGAGGCUCUGAAAGCGGCCGGAUCGAUUGUGAGGCUCUAUGUGCGCAGGAGGAGACCAAUGCUGGAAACCGUCACCGAAAUCAAACUCAUAAAAGGACCAAAAGGGCUCGGCUUCAGUAUUGCAGGUGGUGUGGGAAACCAGCACAUACCGGGUGAUAACAGCAUUUAUGUCACUAAAAUCAUUGAUGGGGGAGCUGCGCAGAAGGACGGACGGUUACAUGUUGGAGACAGACUGCUUAUGGUGAAUAACUACACUCUAGAAGAGGUGACCCAUGAAGAAGCAGUGGCCAUAUUGAAGAACACGUCAGAUGUGGUAUACCUAAAGGUUGGGAAACCCUCUAGUGUCUAUCUCUCAGACCCCUAUGGGCCGCCUGAUAUCACACACUCAUUCUCACCCGCUAUGGAAAAUCAUAUCUCUUCCCCCGGUAAUAACGGCACUCUGGAAUAUAAGUCCAGUCUUCCGCCCAUCUCCCCCGGUCGAUAUUCCCCCCUGCCCAAGCACUUGCUGGUGGAAGAGGACAUUAACAGGUUGGAUGGUUUUUCCUUCCUACGAAAUCCCUCGUUAGAUGAGAUGGAAGGUCACAGGUUUGAUUCCCAGCACUUCCAGUUGAGGCCUCCAGAGCCAGUUUACAGCACUGUGAACAAACUGAGUGACCGCGCCCCCUCUCCCCGUCUCUACUCCCCUGUGGAGUUUGAUAAAAGCCCCAUGCACUCAAUCCCCCACUUCCCUCACUAUCACGUAGGCCUGCUCCCUGACUCCGAGAUCACCAGGGAGCCCAGGAAGAUCGUUCUGCACAAGGGCUCGACUGGACUGGGCUUCAACAUCGUAGGAGGAGAAGAUGGAGAAGGCAUUUUCGUUUCUUUCAUACUUGCAGGAGGGCCCGCAGACCUCAGCGGAGAGCUGCGGAGAGGGGACCAGAUCCUAUCCGUUAAUGGAAUCGAUCUGCGAGGUGCCACUCACGAACAAGCUGCAGCUGCGCUGAAAGGAGCGGGCCAGACGGUAACCAUCAUCGCCCAAUACCGGCCCGAGGAACUUGCCCUGUGCUCCCCACGCCGGGCCCCGCCUCCAACUGCAGAAUACGGGCGUUUCGAGGCCAAGAUUCAUGACUUACGAGAGCAGAUGAUGAACCACAGCAUGAGUUCUGGAUCCGGAUCCCUCAGAACCAAUCAAAAACGCUCACUCUAUGUCAGGGCUCUGUUUGACUAUGAGAGGACGAAGGAUAGUGGUCUGCCCAGUCAGGGGCUCAGUUUCCGAUAUGGAGACAUCCUCCAUGUCAUCAAUGCAUCUGAUGAUGAGUGGUGGCAGGCCAGGAGAGUGACGCCUGAAGGGGACAGUGAGGAGAUGGGCGUCAUCCCCAGCAAGAGGAGGGUGGAGAGAAAAGAGAGAGCUCGUCUGAAGACAGUUAAAUUCAAUGCAAAACCCGGUAGCCUCGAUUCUAAAGGGUCAUUCAGUGAAAAACGUAGAAAGAACUUCAUCUUUUCACGCAAGUUCCCUUUCUACAAGAACAAGGACGCUGACGAGCAAGACGGCAGUGACUCGGAACGGAGUCAAGAGGAACUGAUCCUCUCGUAUGAGCCCGUCAUCAGACAAGAGAUUAAUUAUGCCAGACCGGUUAUAAUCUUGGGGCCUAUGAAGGACAGAAUCAACGAUGACCUCAUCUCCGAGUUCCCGGACAAGUUUGGGUCAUGUGUGCCACCAGCUAACAGUUCUGGUCAAGAAGAUACUACAAGACCAAAGCGGGAUUAUGAAGUGGACGGGAGAGAUUAUCACUUUGUGACCUCACGAGAGCAGAUGGAGAAAGACAUCCAAGACCACAAGUUCAUCGAGGCUGGACAGUACAAUGACAAUCUGUAUGGAACCAGUGUCCAGUCUGUCAAAUACGUGGCUGAGAGGGGAAAACACUGCAUACUUGACGUGUCUGGGAAUGCUAUAAAACGACUACAAGUAGCACAACUCUACCCAAUUGCCAUCUUUAUAAAGCCUAGAUCCAUCGAGUCCUUAAUGGAGAUGAAUAAGAGGUUGACGGAGGAACAGGCCAAAAAGACGUACGACCGUGCCAUGAAACUGGAGCAGGAGUUUGGCGAGUACUUCACAGCGCUGGUUCAAGGGGACACACUAGAGGACAUUUAUAACCAGUGUAAGAUGGUGAUAGAGGAACAGUCUGGACCUUACAUCUGGAUUCCCUCAAAAGAAAAACUAUAAAAAAUCACCUUACCCUGGCAGGGACCUUGGACUGGGAAAAAACACACAUAGGAAUAAUUUGUAAUAUAAUAUAAAUUAUUAUUAUGGCAAUGUUUAUUGUUAACUCUUACAGUGAUUUUUUUUUUCGUUUGUUUGUUUGUUAAUUUUACGUUGCAUUUUUCACUUUCAAUAUGAAUGUUCCUGAAUGUACACUACGAAGUGUUAGAAGCAUUUUUGGUCUCAACAAAAAAGUGGACUCUGUUUGUAUAUUUAUUGGUUAGCUUUUUAAUUUAAGAAAAAAAAGAAACAAAAUUUAGCGCCGAGUUUAUUUUGAGCAGAUGGUCAAAGAAGUAGGUCACAUCAUCACGGAUGAUUUCCACACACAUUUCUUCCCUUUUCACCCAAUCAUUUGGUUUCACACACCUCCCAGACUCAUUUCACAAACUCAGCAUCUAUGCACUCCUGUGGCUAACAACAAACACAUUGAUUGUGUUGCUUUUUGUUGUAUUUUUUUGUUAAUUUUGUUUUGUACAGGCAUCCAUUUUUUGGAAGAUUUAGUUCCAAUUGUACAUUAUUUCUAAUGGAUCCUUUCAGAAAAGAACCUUGAGAUUUUAAAAUGCUUUAGUGUAAAUGGAUAAGGGGAUUCGACUAGCUGUAGGAAAUAUGACACUAUAUUUUGCUAUUUAUAUUGAUAGAGGACACAACAGCACAGGAAAUAUUUAUAAAGAUGAUAUAUAACGUUAUAAAUCAUUUUGGAAAAGAGAUUUUACUCUGGUACUGGUCUAUCAUAUUGUCGUCGCUGUUGUGUUGGUGAGAGUGAAAGGUAAUGAGUGCAUGUUUUCCCUGGUCACCUUAUCCAUCCAGUUCCGGAAUCCCAGAGUUCUGAAAUCCUUGGAACUCAACUUUAAUUGGCUGAGGAUUCUAUUGAAUGUGAAGUGAGUGCAUUUCAGCUUUGUUCAGAUAACAGGAAGGAGCCUGAUGUUUGUGAAUCAUUGUUCUGCCUCCCUCAAGCACCCUCUAAAGUGUUUACAGUACCUCAACUACAGUUCAGAGAGAAAUGAGGGCAAAAGGGUCAAGGUCUGCAAGCAGUCCGGUCUUAAAAGCUUUUAAGUAAAUGUAGUGUUUCAUUUAAGUUUAUUUUUUCCAUUUUGACAUGCUUUACACUUGUGAACAUGACCUUGGCUUCUUGUCCACACAUUCACGCUGCAUACUUAUGUCAUUGUGCCCUUUCCAUGUAUAAUUGAGAGAUAUUCCUGUCUUUCUACAUUAAUAGUAAAGCUCUUGCCAUUCGUGGAAACUACAAAUGCCAAAAGCCAUUAACUCUGCUCACUCGUUUCAAAUGCGGGGGGGGAUUAUUUGUUGCAAUAUUUAUUGGGAGAUGAUACAGUACGGUUCUGUGGCAAGAGUCUUUUGACCUACUGGUCACCACUUGCCUUAAAAAAAGGGAAGAGGCUUUUUGGGCCAGAUAGACAUUUUUUAUGCUUUCUUGAAGACUGAGCACUUUUGUAUAUUUGAAAACUUAUUCACAGAUUGUGUUCAACCAGAUGUUGGACACGGAGGGGGAUUUUCAGAAGAGAGAGACUGAAUAUCAAGUGAAGCUUUUAAUGGUGUAAUAUGACAUUUCUUUGAAUAACAAUAGAUAAUGUAUAUGUUAUUAUGACAAUGUAAACCAUGGAUGGCAUCAGUGACUAUCAGAAUAUAAAUUGAACAUUUUAAAUGCUGUGAAAUUAUUUUCUUCUCUUCUACAUGUGUAGUUUUUCUCCUUAUUCAGUGUGAUUGUUCUAUCAUCUGUAGCAUAUCAUUUUAUUAAUUUAGUAAUGCACACAAUGGAUCGUGAAAGCAUCUUGCAGGAUUUUGGGUACCCUUUAUGUUAAAAAUAUUUGCCUUUAAAUCUGUUUGUAUUAUUAGGUAAUCAAAAGUGAAUCUCAAAUACUGAUGCUGUAGCUUUAAUGAAAAUCAAAACCCUGCAGAUUGUACGCACUUGAACAGGCUCUCUGGAGCCUUAUGGUGCUCAUAGUCUGAUUUGGUCCAUUAAUUCCAAGUGAAUGUUCAGCUUAGUCAAACGUGCUGAAAUGGGGUUGUUUUUGUCUCAGGGUUGCCAAAUAGGGCUUAAUCACUGAUAUUAAAUCUUUGGAUCAGAGUGCAUCUGUUUAUCACACAAAUCUCAAAUGUUUUGUUCCCGAUACCUGCAUUGCAUUUAGUCCUUUGUUCUGGAGCAUCUGUGUCCGAGUUCGCUUUGUGAUUUAUUUAUCCCCAAGCAAGCGAUGCAAAUUAUUUUCCACACAUUCUUUUUUUUUCUGAAUCCCAAAUGAUAUGUGCAAUUUUGUAUAUAAAUAUCUGUUUGCACUUAUUGUAGUUGAAUAGGAGAGCUUUAAUUAACACUGUCCCCCAAACCUCUCUGUUUUUUCUAUUUAUAUCACAGGAGAUUAAAGUUAAAUUAUUAAACACUUACAUCCCCCUUCUGUUUGUAGGUAUCAUUUCCCAGCAGUCCAUGGGUGUAACAAAUUAAGCACACGUAGAAAAAGUAAGACUGUACAGUUAACUUCAUGUGUGUUAAAAGGAAAUAGUU